CCUUUGUGUCAGAAGUUGCUUCAGAGCAGAAACGAGAAACAAAUCACGCAGCACACUUUCACAAACACGCAGGGACAGAGAGGAGCCGGACGAGUCUGUGUUCGCUCUACCAGUCAUUAACACACACAGCUGGACAACUGUGUGGUCGGUGUGUGUGUGUGAGUGUGUGUAAGGGGGGUCUGAGCAGGACAGAGGUGGACACGGUGCUGCAGACAUGCUGCGUCAGUCCCUGAGCAUACUGAAGCAGCUCAGCUCUACGGCAAAGUCUCAGGAUGCCACUGAACUUCUGCACGAAGACCUGGUCAAGGUGGAGCAGAGGGUGGAACCCACCAAAAAAGCCACCCAGGUCCUUCACAAGAAGCUGCUGGGCUGCAUGCAGAGUCAGCCUAGCCUGGAGACUGAGAGACGGAUGGUAAAAAAACUCCCUCUGAUGCUGCUGUCAGUCAGCAUGGCCGAGAGUCUGAAAGACCUGGACGCAGAGUCUUCUAUCAGGAGAGUGUUGGAGAUGUGCUGCUUCAUGGAGAAGAUGUUGGCCAACCUGCUGACUGACUUUGAGAUGAAGCUGGAGAGAGAAGUCCUGGAGCCACUCAACAAGCUCAGUGAGGAGGACCUACCAGAGAUUCUCAGGAACAAAAAACAGUUUGCAAAACUCACAAUGGACUGGAACAACGCAAGGAUCAGGAGCCAGACCAGCAAUGGCCCUCAGGCGAAGCAAGAUGGACUUCGAGAGGAAGUAGAAGAAGCUUGGAGGAAGUUGGAGAACAUCAAGGAUCAGUACUCUGCAGACCUGUACCACUUUGCGACCAAAGAAGAUGACUACGCCAACUACUUCAUUCGUCUGCUGGAGCUGCAGGCAGAGUAUCACAAGAACUCACACGACUUCCUGGACAAAAACAUCACCGAGCUCAAGGAGAAUCACAAUCAAAAAGAUUCGUCUCUGAGCGUCCCUCGUCAUAAGGUCUACGGAGAAGCUCUGCUGUCUCAUCUGACCCAGAGCAACAGAGACAUCGCUGCUCCCAUACAGGAGUGUGUUCACAUGCUGCUGAGGACGGGCAUGGAAGAGGAGGGUCUGUUCCGUCUGGCGGCUGCAGCCUCGGUGGUGAAGCGGCUGAAGAAUUGUCUGGAUCAGGGGGUCGUGGAUCACAGCGAGUUCAGCAUGGAUCCUCACGCUGUGGCUGGAGCUUUGAAGUCCUACCUUCGUGAACUGCCAGAGCCUCUCAUGACCUUUGAACUCUACAAUGACUGGUUCAAAGCAGCUGGGGAAAAAGAUUUGACAGAGAAACUGGAGAAGUUCAAAGUUCUGCUGAAGAAACUGCCCCCUGAGAACUACCACAACCUCAGGUAUUUGCUCCAGUUCCUGUUUCUGUUGUCGCAGCGACAGGCUGUAAACAAGAUGACGUUCAGUAACAUCGCCAUCGUCCUGGGACCAAACCUGCUCUGGCCUCGAGCUGAAGGAGAAGCUGCUCUGUUGGACAUGGCCUCAGCGUCUUCAGUCCAGGUGGUGACAGUCAUUGAGCCUCUUAUUCAGCACAGCUCCACCCUCUUCCCUGAAGAAGUGGCCUUUGAGAUUCCCAGCGUUCCACAGGUCCAGGAUGGAUCCACUCCUGUCACUGUGUCUGAGACUCUGAUCCCAGAGAAGGAGAAACUGUGUAGGAGCACCUCCUCCUCGUCCUCCUUCUCCUCCAGCUCCUCUUAUCACACUGCUCUCAGCAAAACCAACAGCUCAGCGUCUCAGGAAGGCACCAGCUUCUUCCUAGUUAAAUCUGGGUCAGGGAGUCGUUCUUGCUCCUCCACCUGGGGCAGACCUGUAGCUGAACCAUCUGCUGCACCAACUGAUCAGAACUCCACCACCUCUGGUAGUUCAUUAUCCCCUGGUCCCAGUGCUGCUCUGGCCUCCAAUUUUUCUGCCCUGUCCAGCUCCACAGAAGACCAGAUCCCAGCUCUACCUCCAAGAUCCACAGGCUCAGCUCCAGUCUCAGGUCAAACAAAGAUCUCCAACCAGAAACAGAGCGGUGAUCAGGCCCAGCUGGAGCCAAUUAUGGAGGCACCUCCAGACUCUCCAGGAGCCAGUGUGCAGAUCAGCUCACCAUACAAACCUAAAAGAACCUUUAAUCACACCAAAGGCAGUGAACACGUAACCGUUCACUUCACCAAACCCAAGGCUCCUGGUCCCCCAGUGACCCCCAAGUGCAAACCUCCCACAGCCCCGAGCACUACCCCAGCAGCCCAGAACACUAGGAUGCAGCCCAUGCCUACUCCUCGCUCUCACACAAGUGUGAAGAAACCCCCACCCAAAAAACCUGGAGUGAGAGCGCCAACCUGUCCUCCACCACUUCCUCCACCCACACAACCGGCCAAAGAAGCUCCGUCAGUAGCCCAGUGAAAAAAGACUUGUCUCCGUCUGCACUGCACCAGCGGGCUGAGGGGUUGCAUUCCUACCAGGAGGUCUGGUGUUUGAUUCCAGCUGCAUGCCAGUGUGUCUCUGGACAAGACAGCUAACCACAAACUGAUCAUCAUUUUCCAGCCAAUGCCAAACUCCGGACCAGAGCCAGAAGAGCUGGGGAAGAUGACACUGGAAAAGACUUUUUAUGGAAAAUCCCUGUUAAAUCAUAUGUGUGGAUUAUCUGCUGCAGAGAAGCUUGAAAAGAAGAGCGGCCCAAAGUGAUUCUUCUAACAGAGUUAUAGUUUUAGAGAAGAGCCAUUAGUUUAUAGUCACUUAUGACUUAUGUUUAUGUAGCUUCAGGGGGCAUCGGAGGACGUGUGUGUGUGUGUGUGUGUGUGUGUGUGUCUGUUCUGGCCCAGCUUUGCUCCCUUUACUGUUUCAACUUCAACACAAAUUAAUUCAACUUCUCCAACAUAUUCCUGCAGCAUAUUCAUCAAGAAGAUUUUUUUUUACUUUGGGCCAAAAAUUCCAACCUUUUUUUCCUGGCUUAGUUGGCAAAAAGAACGGUUGCACCCCAGUUUCCAGUAAAAAUCAACAGGCACUCAUUUGGAGCCUUAUAAAAGUUAUUUGUCUAACAAAAACUGCACCAAGGAACCACGACCAGGCAGAGACAAACACCAUAAACGUUUUCAUUCAUCUUCUACCACUUAAUCCUGCAAAGGGUCAGAGGUGCGACGCUGCAGAUUCUUGUCAUCAGUGGAGGGUGGUGUUGCGUCAUGCACAGUUCAUCAGUUUAUCAAACAACUGUUCACACUAUCAUUCACACCUGGGGUCCAUUAAGAGCUAACAGUUGACCUAAUCCUGCAUGUUGAGUGCAUUGGAACCUGACAACAUGUAAUGUUCAGAGCACUGACCACUGUUCCACCGUACAGUUAAAGGCACACACAGUUACAGCAGUUUUAUAUUUCACUGUCAGUAGUCAUUCUACGGUGCUCCAUGUUUAAAAAAGACUUAAAGGUGCAGAGCUCUCUCUCCUGUGAAGCUAAUUAACAAUACAGACAAACACAGGCUAAUGUCAGGAUUCAGGCCUCAUUACAGCAGCAUUCCUUCUCUAUUCUUCUGUCACGUGUUUAAAACAAAGGUAAAAAAAACCAGAAGCUUAUUCCUAACAAUCUUUAACUUGACAGAGUAAAGGCUUAAAUAAUGAACAUAUUCAGGGUGGGAAACACCAGUCCAGGUCGUUGUGCUUGUUCUCUAAAAGACCUUAUAACCAAUAGACCCUCAGGCCUGGACAUGAUCAGAAGAUUCUCCAAAACAUUAGAGGCCUUCCUGUCUUUGACAACAUUAGAUGGAGAUAAAUGAAUAAUAUUUAAAUCAUUCCAUCAUUUGCAGAGUUUUUUUCCACUCUCUCUGCACGUCUGAAUUUGUCUUUUUGGACAAUCUCCUCUCCUCCUGCCCUGGUUCCUCCCAUACUUCUCCCAGGGUUUCUUUGCAUCCUCCACCUCCUCUCUCUUCUCUACACUCCAUCCCAAGAUAAACAUGCUCUGUUUCAAGGCAUAUUUAAAAAAAAACAGCUCCCAGUUUCUGGAUUCUCUUCUGAGGGAGACCAGACUUCAAAGUUCAUGGUUUUUCUCCAUCUCUCCCUGUGUUUUUCAUUUUUCUCGGUCUACGAUACUCUGUGUUCUCUUUAACCUUCCUCCUCACUAUUUCAGUGUCACUCACUGGAAACUCUCUCCUUCCGUCAUCUGCUGGACUCUUCGGCAUGUCUUUGUUUGACUUGGUGCCCCAGUGGCUAGUGCUCUUGCCUUACAGAUCCACAGUUGUAACCGAUGGUCAUUCUGUGUGGACAUGGACACAGAAUGUCUGACUUCAGUUCACUGUGACUGGACCCUGGUGUGUGUGAGAUACUGAUCCGUCACCGCCUUUCAUCACUGGGCUCUUAUUAACACUUAUGAGGAGAAGCAAACAUGAGGAAAGCAGGCGUUCUCAUGACUCUUCUGAGUCACACACACACUUCAGCCCUGCUGAGGCAAAACACUCCCGAUUUGGAAUUUUCUUAUCAUUGACUUGCGUUUGCAGAGUAAUGACCUCAAGUGGUUUCUUUGAUACUAUGAGAAUUUAAUGGGGGAGUUCUGCAGUGAGACAAAAUAAAACCAUCAGGCAGUCUUGGUUCACAUGCUUUGUCUCUUUGUUUGUCCACCACUGUGUUAGCCAAAGAUGAUGAGUAUAAAAUGGCCACAUUAGCAUUAAAAAUGGGACAAACUGUUAAAAACAAAGACCUCAAUAACUGAUAAAGUCAGGGGUAUUUCAGCAGCUUGAGUAAUUAGCAUUCACUCAACUUGGCUUAAAUUGUCAGUACAUGGAAUAUACAUAUUAGUAAUACUUUGUACUAAGUAAUAUUUUUGUAAUUCACUCUAAUGUUUUUGUACCUUAAGGAAACUGUGAUGAAAAAAACAAUUUUGGGAAUUUUAUUUUGGGGGAAUCACAGUCUGUCAUCUGUUUGUAUCCUGCUGGUGUCAUAUCCUGAGAUCUGCUUUGUUAUAUCCUACCAAACACACACACACACACACAUGCAUGCGUGGGUGCACAACAGUACAGAGGCUGUGUUUAGACUAGGCCACAGCUCCUAUAAGAAGAUACAGAUCAGUGUUUUUGCUUUUCUAGGCUGGAUGAAGGAUAAUUAUAUCUGACCAGAGGGGGAGGAGUCGGGGGAGGAGAGGGUGAUGGUGGUGUUGGAUCAGACCACAGAGGAAAAGUCAUGGAGCGCGGAGGCCUUUACAAAUUGUUUUUAGAAAGUCAUUGUUUUUCUUUUCCCUGAUAACAGUGAGGGAAAACAUAUGUGUGUGACGACAAACGGUAGCAUGUGACGUGUCUGUUGACGGCACGUCGUGAUUUACGCCAUGUGUCGGCUGCUUCUGUGACCUCAGCUCAUUAUUCUGUGGCUUCAGUUGACUCACUGAGACGUUCCAAGUGGCUUCUGGGGAAGAGUGAGAGAGGGAGAUUGCAACUGUGAUCUUUGUCAGCUGCAGUGUGUUAAUGACACGCUGUUUGAUGGCACUUGGCAGCAGCAGCAGCAGCAGGACAUGUUUAUUUUUUUCCACCAACGACAGAAGAAUUCGUUUGUCAUGGUCUCCUGUGAAACAUGCAGAUUAGUUCUCUGUUUCCCAAACUUCCUCAAUAAAACACUGUAGUUUGUGACUUGUUUGUAUCCAAGCAACUCUCGCUGAAAUAAAUACCUGUCUGUAAUGUUAGUAAUGCAGGCUACAGUUACCACAGCUUAUGUGAGCUGCAGUCAACUCUACAUGUGCAUUGAAAGAAAGCUAAAAAUAAGAUUUGUAAACAAAAUGUCAAAAACACAACAAAAAACAAAUGUAUUAUAUUAACAUAGUAACAAUGGAUGGAAAUUAGCUGAUAAAUAAAAAUGAUAAAUGUGUUUAUUUA